AUGCUGGCGAAGGUUGCGUAUCGGCGCUCGUCAUGGCUGCGCUCACUGAUGGCGUCUCAAUAUCUAUCAUGUCCACUUCAUAAUCAUGUGAAUGCUUGCAUACGAGAGGAUAAAAAUGAAGAAGAAGAGGAAGAAGAGACAGCUAGGAAGAGGCUACAAGUUGAUGGGAAAAGAUCAUCACUUCUUGAUCAGUCCAAGAGCCUCAAUUGCCAUUUACAAUGGCCAUCGAACAUUAUAACUACAUUGGAAGAUGUGGAGAAGACAAGAAGAGUGAUAGAGCAAUCAAUAGGUCAGCAAAGAGUGGAGGAGAAACAGGUAAAACUGCAGGCGGAUACUGAUGCUGGGAAAUUCCUGUCGCUGAUUACCAGCAGCGGAAUCCCAGCUACAAAAGACGUUGUCAAGGCCAAAACAAGCUUACAAAAGCUAGCAAGAGAUCUGGCGGAUCCUCGUGCAGCAGUGGUUAGAGAGUCAAGUUAUCAGAGAGCAAGGAGGCAGCUGAAGGCAGCAACGGGCAAGCUAGAUCGUAUGCUGUACGCUAUGCGACAGCAACAAGAUUUUGGUCAAGUGGAAGCAGUAGCGUUUCUGUGGGAGGAAGAGUUUCCGCAGUUUGCGGGGCAACGUAAGCAUUGGUCUGUCAUUUGUGAGCAUUACGCCUUAGCUCUGAACUACCAGCAACGAUUCCAAGACGUCGUGGACAAAUUUUCUGAUUGCUAUCAAGGAAGUGUGGAUUGUACGCAGAGUGCACAGGGAGUAAGUCUGCUGACGCCGCGGCUGGCUCAAUCGAUUUUUGUUGCGCUUGGCCAUCUGCGUGAUGCUGCGAGAACGUUGCAACUGUUGAGGACGAUGGAGUGCCAUGAUAUUCAUGUGACUAAAGUAUCUUACUUUCACGUGCUGAAUGCACUGCUGCAUGAUGAACGUUUUACUGAUUUUGAAAAAGUGAUGCAGAUUUGCGAGAAUAUUGUUACUAAGCUUCCUGGCGAAAUCGUGCCACUGUCGUUAUUGCCGAUGAUUAUGAUGACUGCAGCAGCUUGUGGCAAAUCCGAGCGAGCACUGAAGUUUUAUAGCCACCCACCAGACAUGCCCAUGUCGACCUUCACCGAAUUUCGUUUCGAAAUCUGCUUACAGCAGCUGAUUCAUCUGGGAGACGAUGUGAUGCUGAUGGAAAUGUACCGCAAUCUGAUGGUGUCAGUACAAGCAAGUCUCGAUCUCAAAGAAAGAGUGUCGAAGUAUUUAUUGCGAAAGAGAGUUGAGCAUGUUACGGCUACCACUCGUAACGAGCGUCUUAGCACUGCAUGCGAAAUUUUGGAAAUUAUGAAUCAACACAAAAUACGCGCAAGCUAUCGCGUCAUUUACUCAUUAUUGCGCGCGUUAUUAAUUGACCCACUACGUUCAAGUGAUGACGAUGGAGAUGAUGGCGAUCAACAUGACGAGCAGGUCUACAUCCGGGUGGGAUGCGCAAAAGACUUGCACGACUUUUUUUCGCGAUACUCGCAUUCGUUGGAGUGGAAUACAUUUGCUUUAUGCGAAGCCAUUGUUGCUGGUGUUCGCUCUGAUCGUGCUGACUUGGUAGAUGAUCUCUUUGUUCAUGCGCUGGGCAGUGGUAUGCCAAUCAAGUAUGCAGCGUUAGAACAAGUGGUGGUUUAUUAUUACAGACUGGGUCUUAUCAACGAUCUGGAGCGAGUGUCGGACAUGGUCCACGCGUUGCGUUUGAACAAACACAUUUCUCUUGGUAUUGCAGUGACAGAAGUUGCGAUGGCAGCUAACCUUCGCCUUCAUCGAUACGACGAAGUGGUCAUCCUCUUUGAGGAUUUCUCAUCUUUAGAUGGUGAGAGGAGACGUGUUCUCCAGCGCCAGUUUAUGCUGAAAACGGUACUUGAAGCAUACACGUGCUUGGGGCGCAGUGAUGAAGCUAUGGCGAUCCAAGCGCUGCUACAUCAAGUGCAUGGCACUCUGCUAGAUGAAAGUGAGAAUACUGAAGCCGACGAAGCGAAGGCGGAAACUAGACUAGAUGCAGAAAGCACAGACAAGAACAAACUGAUCGAUGAUAGUAAUUGUGACCAAGCUCGUGAGCAAGAAAGAUUCUCGUUGCAUCGGUUUAAGAGCUAA